CGGAAAGGGGAGGAGACACGUGUCCCGCUAGCGCCGAGUCACGUGGAAAAGAAAACGAACGGAGCCCGCGGCCACCUGCGCAUGCACACCAAGCUCUGGCCUGGCGGGCUCGGAGGGAAAAGGCGAGUGGGGAGGCGACGUCUUCGGGCGCCGCGGCGGUGCGCAAGCGCCAUGCUCAGACUGGGGACUUUGUUCUCCUCAGAGAAGCCCAAGGGCGGUGCCGGUGGCUGGGUGCGCACGCGCGCCGCCUCAUUUCCGGUGCUCGCUCUCGCUGGGUCGCUCGGGUCGGCUUCGGUCGCUGUCGCUGCCGCUGCCGCUCUCCCACCCCCGCCAACCGCCGCUCGGGCCUCGGCCGCUGCCGCGUCGCUUCCUCGCUCCCUCGAUCGCACAUCCUCCCUGAUGCAGCGCCGGGACGACCCCGCCGCGCGCAUGAGCCGGUCCUCGGGCCGCAGCGGCUCCAUGGACCCCUCAGGUGCCCACCCCUCGGUGCGUCAGACGCCGUCUCGGCAGCCGCCGCUGCCUCACCGGUCCCGGGGAGGCGGAGUGGGGUCCCGGGGGGGCGCCCGGGCCUCGCCCGCCACGCAGCCGCCACCGCUGCUGCCGCCCUCGGCCACGGGUCCCGACGCGACAGUGGGCGGUCCAGCGCCGACCCCGCUGCUGCCCCCCUCAGCCACAGCCUCGGUCAAAAUGGAGCCGGAGAACAAGUACCUGCCCGAACUCAUGGCGGAGAAGGACUCGCUCGACCCGUCCUUCACUCACGCCAUGCAGCUGCUGACCGCAGAAAUUGAGAAGAUUCAGAAGGGAGAUUCAAAAAAGGACGAUGAGGAGAAUUACUUGGAUUUAUUUUCUCAUAAGAAUAUGAAGCUGAAAGAGCGGGUGCUGAUACCAGUCAAACAGUAUCCCAAGUUCAAUUUUGUGGGGAAGAUUCUUGGACCACAAGGGAAUACAAUCAAAAGACUGCAGGAAGAGACUGGUGCAAAGAUAUCUGUGUUGGGAAAGGGCUCAAUGAGAGACAAAGCCAAGGAGGAGGAGCUGCGCAAAGGUGGAGACCCCAAAUAUGCCCACUUGAAUAUGGAUCUGCAUGUCUUCAUUGAAGUCUUUGGACCCCCAUGUGAGGCUUAUGCUCUUAUGGCCCAUGCCAUGGAAGAAGUCAAGAAGUUUCUAGUACCAGAUAUGAUGGAUGAUAUCUGCCAGGAGCAAUUUCUAGAGCUGUCCUACCUGAAUGGAGUACCUGAGCCUUCUCGUGGACGUGGGGUGCCAGUGAGAGGCCGGGGAGCUGCGCCACCCCCUCCACCUGUUCCCAGGGGCCGUGGUGUUGGGCCACCCCGUGGGGCUUUGGUGCGUGGUACACCGGUAAGGGGAGCCAUCACCAGAGGUGCCACCGUGACUCGAGGAGUGCCACCCCCACCUACUGUGAGAGGUGCUCCAACACCAAGAGCACGAACAGCAGGCAUCCAGAGAAUACCUUUGCCUCCACCCCCUGCACCAGAAACAUAUGAAGAAUAUGGGUACGAUGAUACAUAUGCAGAACAGAGUUAUGAAGGCUACGAAGGCUAUUACAGCCAGAGCCAAGGGGACUCAGAAUAUUAUGACUAUGGACAUGGGGAGGUUCAAGAUUCUUAUGAAGCUUAUGGCCAGGACGACUGGAAUGGGACCAGGCCAUCGCUGAAGGCCCCUCCAGCUAGGCCAGUGAAGGGAGCAUACAGAGAGCACCCAUAUGGACGUUAUUAAAAACAAACAUGAGGGGAAAAUAUCAGUUAUGAGCAAAGUUGUUACUGAUUUCUUGUAUCUCCCAGGAUUCCUGUUGCUUUACCCACAACAGACAAGUAAUUGUCUAAGUGUUUUUCUUCGUGGUCCCCUUCUUCUCCCCACCUUAUUCCAUUCUUAACUCUGCAUUCUGGCUUCUGUAUGUAGUAUUUUAAAAUGAGUUAAAAUAGAUUUAGGAAUAUCGAAUUAAUUUUUUAAGUGUGUAGAUGCUUUUUUCUUUGUUGUUUAAAUAUAAACAGAAGUGUACCUUUUAUAAUAAAAAAAAAGAAGUUGAGUAAAAAAAAAAAAACCACAAACCUGUUAGUUUCAAAAGUGACAUUGCUUGCUUAAAGGUUCUGAAGUAAAGACUUGUUAACUUUCUCUUAGUUUUGAUUUGAGGCAUCCCGUAAAGUUGUAGUUGCAGAAUCCCAAACUAGGCUACAUUUCAAAAUUCAGGGCUGUUUAAGAUUUAAAAUCACAAAUGUUAACGGCAGUAGGUGCCACCAUGUAAAAGUGAGCUCAGACGUCUCUAAAAAAAAUGUUUCCUUUAAAAGCACAUGGCGGUUGAAUCUUAAGGCUAAAUUUUAAUACGAAAGAUCCUCAUGAAUUAAAUAGUUGAUGCAAUUUUUAACGUUAAUCGAUAUUAAAAAAAAACAAAAUUAGGCUUGUAAAACUGACUUUUUCAUUAUGUGGGUUUUGAAAUCUAGCCCCAGACAUACAGUGUUGAGAGAUACUUAGGGGGAGGGAGAGAUACUUAGGGGGAGGGUUUUGAAGAAGUUGAUUUGGGGGGAGGGGAUGGCCACCUGAAUUGAUUUUGAUGCAGAGCUUUGUAGCCACAAACACAAUCUUUCAGUCAGCACUAAUAAUUAAAAUUUCAGUAUUUAAGAAGACUAGUAUUUUGUCCAUCUGAGAUUCUGCACUCCAUGAAAAGCUCACUUGGACACUGAGGCCAAAAGCUGAUGAUUUUCUUAAGUUGAUGGCUAUCAAUAUUGAACUGUUCCCAAGAUAGUCAAGUAUGUCUCAACACUAGCAUGAUAUAAAAAGGGACACUGCAGCUGAAUGAAAAAGGAAUCAAAAUCCACUUUGUACAUAAGUUAAAGUCCUAAUUGGAUUUGUACUGUCCUCCCAUUUUGUUCUCGGAAGAUUAAAUGCUACAUGUGUUAAGUCUGCCUAAAUAGGUAGCUUAAACUUAUGUCAAAAUGUCUGCAGCAGUUUGUCAAUAAAGUUUAGUCCUUUUUUAAUCAAA